AUUCUCUCUUUUAUUCAUGGCCCCGUCCGCAACAAUGGAGGCUCAAUCAAAGGCGGAGAACAAGCAGAGCGUGAAGGUGCUCGAUGAGCUCUUCACCAAGCUUUCCGUCAGCAAAACCGCCGACGAGGCGAAGAGCGCACAGCAAGAAAUCGCCACGUUCAUCAACGGCGACAUUCAGGAUCACGAUGCGCCCACCAAGGCCGUCGAGAGCCUGAAGAAGAUGCUCGCCAACAAGAAGGACGCCAACAUCCGACAAAUCGGCUGCGAGGCCAUCGCCAGCAUUGCACAGCACGCCAAUGUCUCACCAUCAGUCGAGCCAUUCCUCGUGCAGCUUCUCCCAGCAGUCCUCUCCGCCGUCGGCGACAAGAUGGCACCGGUCAAGACUGCCGCCCAAAACGCCGCCCUCUCCAUCACCAAGGCCGUCAACGCCAACGCGGUGAAGCUACUCAUUCCCUGCUUCGUCGAGUCCAUCCGCAACGCCCAGAAGUGGCCCGAAAAGAUGUGCGAUCUCGACUGCAUCGAGGCUCUCUGCGUCAGCGCACCCGCCCAGACCGCCCUCCGCGUCCCCGAUCUCAUCCCCAUCGUCUCCGAGGCCAUGUGGGACACCAAGCCAGAAGUCAAGAAGAGGGCAUACGGAACAAUGGAGAAAGUUUGCGAACUUAUCGUCAACAAGGAUAUCGAUCGCUUCAUCCCCGAACUGAUCAAGUGUAUCGCAAAGCCAGAGCACGUCCCUGAGACCGUCCACUUGCUCGGUGCCACCACUUUCGUCACUGACGUUCACGAGCCAACUCUCGCCAUCAUGGUGCCUCUGCUUGAGCGUGGUCUGAAGGAGCGCGAGACCGCCAUCAAGCGCAAGACUGCCGUCAUUAUCGACAACAUGUGCAAGCUUGUCGAGGACCCCAACAUUGUGGCCGCCUUCUUGCCAAAGCUCAUGCCUCAACUCCAACUCAACAACGACAACUUGGCUGAUCCCGAGGCUCGCGAGAAGACCAAGCAGGGUCUUGACACCCUCAUCCGUGUCGGUAACGUCAAGGACGGCAAAAUCCCAGAGGUCUCGCUCGUCGGCGAUACCGCUACCGUUUUGGAGAAACUCAAGGAGAUUCUCAGCGCUCCCGAUCUCAAGCACGCCAACGAGGCCAAGUACGAGCCUGUUCUCACUUACAUCGCCGCCAUUGGUGGCCAGCUCAUCGACGAAAAGGACAAGGAGGCCGUUACCUGGAACAUCAACAUCGUGCCCUACUUGAGCGCAAUCAUCGACGACCAGGCACAGGGUGUCGUCGAGGCUCUCCGCAAGCGCGCUUCUCCAGGUGCAGCUGAGGAGGACGAGGUCGAGCCCGAUGAGGAGGAGGGCGAGGAUCUCUGCAACUGCACAUUCAACUUGGCCUACGGUGCCAAGAUCUUGCUCAACCAGACCCAUCUCCGCCUCAAGCGCGGUCAGCGUUACGGUCUGCUCGGACCCAACGGCUCCGGCAAGACGACUCUCAUGCGCGCCAUCAACAACGAGCAGGUCGAGGGUUUCCCCAAGCAGAGCGAGGUCAAGACUGUCUACGUCGAGCACGAUCUGGACGCUGCUGAUACUGAGAUGACUGUCAUCGACUGGACUGUGUACAAGCUCAAGCAGGCUGGUCUCGAGCUCACCGAGGACGAUGUCCGCAAGACCAUGGACGAGUUCGGCUUUGUUCCCGAGCAAGUCAACGGUCUCAUCACAUCUCUCUCCGGAGGCUGGAAGAUGAAGCUCGCGCUUGCCCGCGCUGUCUUCGAGAAGCCCGACAUCCUCUUGCUCGACGAGCCAACCAACCACUUGGACGUGAAGAACGUCAAGUGGCUCGAGGACUACCUCGUCAACUCUCCUUGCACAUCCAUCAUCAUCUCUCACGACAGCAAGUUCCUCGACAAUGUCGUCCAGCACGUGAUCCACUACGAGCGCUUCAAGCUCAAGCGUUACCGCGGAAAGAUGAGCGAAUUCGUCAAGCGUGUCCCAUCUGCUCGAUCUUACUACGAGCUCGGAGCUUCCGAGAUGGAGUUCCGCUUCCCAGAGCCCGGUUUCCUCGAGGGUGUCAAGACCAAGGCCAAGGCCAUUGUCCGUGUCAGCAACAUGACCUUCCAAUACCCCGGCAGCGCCCGCCCACAGAUCAUGGACAUCAACUUCCAGUGCUCGCUGGGCUCCCGUAUCGCUGUCAUCGGUCCCAACGGUGCUGGCAAGUCGACUCUUGUCAACGUCCUGACCGGUGAGCUCAUCCCGACCAAGGGUGAUGUCUACCAGCACGAGAACAUCCGUAUCGCCUACAUCAAGCAGCACGCUUUCGCCCAUAUCGAUCACCACCUCGACAAGACCCCAUCCGAGUACAUCCAAUGGCGUUUCCAGACUGGUGAGGAUCGUGAGACGAUGGAUCGUGCCAACAAGAUCGUCACCGAUGAGGAUGAGAAGGCCAUGGACAAGAUUUACAGAAUCGAGGGCACACAACGUCGUGUCAUUGGUAUUCACAGCCGAAGAAAGUUCAAGAACUCCUACGAGUACGAGUGUUCGUUCGCUCUCGGUGACAACAUUGGCUUGAAGAACGAGAAGUGGACACCCAUGAUGACUGCGGACAACGCCUGGAUCCCUCGCACUGAGCUCAUCGCUUCCCAUCAGAAGAUGGUGGCUGAUGUCGAUCAGAAGGAGGCCCUCGCCAGCGGUCAGUUCCGUCCCCUUGUCCGCAAGGAGAUCGAGGCCCACUGCGCCUACUUCGGCCUCGACGCCGAGCUCGUUUCCCACUCCCGCAUGCGUGGUCUCUCUGGUGGUCAGCGUGUCAAGGUUGUGCUCGCUGCCUGCUCAUGGCAACGUCCCCACUUGGUCGUCCUCGACGAGCCGACCAACUACCUCGACCGUGACUCCCUCGGUGCCCUCUCCAAGGCUCUUAAGUCCUUCGAGGGUGGUGUCAUCAUCAUCACUCACUCUGCUGAGUUCACCAAGGAUCUCACUGAGGAAGUGUGGGCGGUGCAAGACGGCCGCAUGACUCCUUCGGGACACAACUGGGUGCAAGGCCAGGGUGCUGGACCUCGUCUCAAGGGCGAGGAAGAGGAGGAGGAGAAGUUCGACGCCAUGGGCAACAAGAUCGAGUCCACCAAGAAGGCCAAGAAGCUUACAUCCGCCGAGCUUCGCAAGAAGAAGAAGGACCGCAUGGCCCGCCGCAAGCGUGGUGAGGAGGUGUUCUCUGAUGAGGAUGAUUAG